AAUAGUAUUAAGAAGAAGGAAUAUCUAUCUCAGUGUCCUGCUUCCACACUUGCUUGGUGUUCAUGGCUUCUCUCAACUUCUUCCCUCACACCUCUUCACCUUCUUGUUCCUCCUCCUCCUCCUUUAGGAGCGGUUGCUCCUUUCUGAGGCCAAACUCUUCCAUUAACCUUCAAAGCUUUCGCCGCACUCAGACCCCCAGCCUCAGCCUUGUUGUGAAAUCAACAGCGGGUGACACAUCUGUGGCUGACCCUCCUCCUUCUUUCUCAGGGGACCGGGUCUCUUCUUCUGAUUCUAUCUCCUCUCUCAAGCUCACUCUCCUGAGUGCUGUUUCUGGGCUGAAUAGAGGUCUUGCUGCAAAUGAGGAUGAUCUGAGAAAGGCGGAUGCUGCGGCUAAGGAACUCGAAGCUGCCGGAGGACUAGUUGAUCUCUCGGCUGACCUCGAUAAAUUGCAAGGAAGAUGGAGACUGAUAUAUAGCAGUGCAUUCUCAUCUCGUACACUAGGCGGCAGCCGGCCUGGACCUCCCACCGGAAGACUCCUUCCUAUAACUCUUGGACAGGUUUUUCAACGAAUUGACAUCUUGAGCAAAGAUUUUGAUAAUAUUGUGGAGGUUCAAUUGGGUGCUCCGUGGCCCUUCCCACCACUUGAUGCAACAGCGACGUUAGCUCAUAAAUUUGAACUCAUAGGAUCAUCAAAGAUCAAAAUUACAUUUGAGAAAACCACUGUGAAGACAGCUGGGAAUUUAUCACAGUUGCCGCCGUUCGAGUUACCUCGAAUUCCUGAUUCAUUCAGGCCUCCGUCUAAUACAGGAAGUGGAGAAUUCGAAGUUACCUAUCUUGACACAGAUACUCGUGUCACGAGAGGAGAUAGAGGCGAGCUCAGAGUCUUUGUGAUUUCAUGAGUUCCAGACGUAUGUAACUUGCUUUUUCUACGAGUUUGAACAUAUACCAGCACCAACUUCUAUCCUUCUUUAGAAGCUUCCUUUUUCAGUGUUCUCUGUCAUAAGUUCUUCAAUAUUGUAACAUUGGUAUACUGAUGUAAUUAAACCACACCAUGUACCUCCAAGAGAAUAAUGGGUUACUUUUUGUUCAUAUAUAAUAUAAUCUAUUUCAUCCUUCUAGAAA